UCGGCGCAGUCCGCCAUCGACAUUAAGGCGGGAAAAAUGGUUCUUUUAACGUUGGUACUUGCGCUAAUCGCCGUAAAACGGGUGCAUUCCGGUGAUUUUUUUCCUGAUUUUUCCCCCGAUGAUUUUCACGACCAGUACGAAUUUCCCGCCGCGAUGGGGUUUAUUAAAAACGAAUCGGAACUGUACUCGCCCUACGUUUACAACCCUUUGUUUUUCGACGAUAAACUUUUAACGGACGAAAUCGCCCGGGUGAUAAGCAACUACCGACACUACGUACUUCCGGUUAAUAAUGAUCAAUAUUAUCAACCCUCUUACCAUAAUGGGGAUAGUUGUGCUGAUCACGAAAAAUUCGACUUCAUAAUUGUCGGAACUGGUACGGCGGGAGGAGUUUUAGCGAAUCGACUAACAGAAGAGAAAUACACGGUUCUAGCCCUGGAGGCUGGAGAUGAGGCUCCCACACUCACCAACAUGUUGGGAAUGAACAUCUACAUGCACCAAUCGGGGAUAAAUUGGGGAUAUAACACCACAAAACAAAAAUUCGGAUGCCUUGGCUCACGAAAUCAAGCAUGCGCAUAUCCAAGGGGUCACGUGUUAGGCGGCAGCAGCGUCAUCAACUUCGGAAUGUACGUGCGCGGUAACCGACUGGAUUUCGACAAAUGGGAGGCCCUGGGGAAUCCCGGAUGGAGCUACGAUGACGUGUUGCCCUAUUUCCGGAAACCGGAACACGCAACUUUCACCGAUAACAUCGACAGGGAGUACCACGGGUUCGACGGACCCCAGAGAACUGGGAUACCCGAUGACAUACCUUUGAUUUCUGAAGCCAUAUUAAAAGGACACCGAGAGAUCGGCAAACGUAUGCUGGACUACAACGGGGAAGACCAGGAUGGAGUCUCCAGACUGCAGUUCUUCAUAGACAGAAACGUCAGGGCCAGUACUGCACAUGCGUUCCUUAACCCUAUAAGGCAUCGGAAAAACUUGAAAGUGAGCACCAACUCGUACGUAACGAAAAUACUAAUAGCUGAUAAGACGGCUUAUGGGGUGGAGUAUGUGAAGAACGGAAAAACCUGCAUAGCGUUGGCGAAAAAGGAGGUUCUGCUCGCAGCUGGUUCGAUUAAUUCACCCCAGAUUCUUAUGCUGUCGGGCAUAGGGCCAGCGCAGGAGUUGUACCGCCACGGAAUCGAUAUUAUUCAAGAUUUACCCGUAGGCAGGAACAUGCAAGACCAUUUGUUCUUUCCUGGAGUAUUCUAUCGGACCCCACACAAAUUCUACGACCAAAGCAUCUCGGAGCAUGUAAAAUUGUGGACGCAAAACAAGCGCCCCCUGACGCCCAGUUUAGGCCAAACCGCAAUUAGCUUCUUCAAUUUUGAGGGCCCCGAGGGUAGCCAACCGGAGAUCGAGUUAUUUUUCUUUGGCCCGCCGCUGCUCACCUCGGAUUUGGCGUACGUUUUAGGAUUUGACGACGCCCACAUCGAAGCCUUUAGGAACUUGAACGGACUUACCGAUUUCUGCGUCAAUAUCGAACUGCUCCAUCCAAGGUCACGGGGCACAGUGACCUUACAAUCCAAGGAUCCGCGCGAUUGGCCUCUGAUCGACACCAACUACUUUUCUGACCCGGAACAGAAGGACAUCGAAAAUAUGUACCUGGGAGUUUUGGCUGCGUUACAAUUGAACGACACGCGAGCCUUUAAAGAAAUUGGAGCCGAAUUUUUGGUAAUUCCCUUUCCUGAUUGCGACUGGAGAUUUGAGCAGCUGAGUAAGGAGUGGUGGUACUGUGCUCUAAGAAGUAUAGCCACUACUCUGUUUCAUCCUAUCGGUACCACCUCCAUGGGCCCGGACCCAAAGACUUCAGUGGUGAACCACCAAUUAAAGGUUCAUGGUAUUAAUAAGUUAAGAGUUGUAGAUGCUGGUAUUAUGCCGGAACACAUUUCCGGCCAUCCUAACGCAGCUGUGGUCAUGAUUGCCGAGAAAAUUUCAGACGAGAUUAAGAAGGAACAUUCCGAUUUUGAUUCUUUUAGUGGCCACGCUAGAUUAUAUAAAAAGUAGUGCUUUAUAGGCAUUAGUUAGAACAAUUUCUUGUUAUCUAGUUGGGUAAUUGUAAAUAAAUAUGAAUUAUAAUAAGUAAA